CGAACUGCCAAUAUGAAGUUUAUGGCAAUAUGCCUGUUGGCAAAUAUUGGCUGCAUACUUGGCACUACAAUUAACCAGCUUAAUGACGAAGCCACAAUUCGGCUAAGAGGUCUUGUGGAAAAAUAUAAACUGCAAGCUCUUAGCAAUCCCGAAUUCUCUCAGUGGAUUGGGAAACUUGAGAAAACCAGCAGGUCGAGCAGAUUGAUAGACAAAAUGAAGGUCAAAGCUGAAUUUAUGAACUACGACGAACGUCGCCAGAAAUUGGAAAAUAAAAUUAAGGAACGCAUUAGGACGAUCGAUGACCUCAUUUCCGAUAUUAUGGCCAAAGCCCCGAAUAAGGAUAAAGGGUGUCUUCAGUAUUACCAACGCCAGCGGAGAUCCCUAAGAAUGGCCCACAAUUUUUCGAAUUUAACUAAGCAGACAAACCUCUUACGCAACUCUAAGCAAUGCAAUGAUACAACUAAAGUGCAGUCUAGCGAACUAAGUGAAAGCUCUGAAAAUCCGGAUGAGUAUAGUUAUUACUAAGCUAGUAGAUAGUGCAUUAUAUCAAUAUAUAUAAAUAUA